AUGUUUCCUGCUGGGCCCCAGAAGCUGGUGUCCUCCCGCUUCCCUGUGGUCACCAAGAAGCUCAGCCCGUCCGGCCCGUCUGGCGGCCCAUUCAGCCAUCACCCACCGGUCACCCACCUUGCCAGCCUGCCUCUUGCCUCGUCGGCGUCUGCUCCCCGCGUGCUCAUAGGAGAAGGGGCUGGAAAGGUUGGGAGAGGAAGAAAUAUUGCCAUCGUCAAUUGUAUGACUGGGAAAGUGACAGCAACACAGUAUUUUCAUAUGUAUAAAGGUGAUAACUCUGGAUCGAUGACAAAGUUCAUUCGGGAUGCUCCUGAGAAGUCCCGGCUCUUCAUGGUGACCCAUGAUGAUGGCAGCAGCAGAUCAACCACUCUAAUAAAGCAGAGAACAGGUACUCGGGCUGGCCCGCAGAGGUACAGAUAGAGGGCUGCGUACCGGAAGGGCCACACUGAUGUUGAGCAGCCUUAAUAAAUGUG